GUUGAUACAAUCAUAACAACAUUAUGAGUCAAUAAAAACUCGAUGAUGUGUGGGGGGUAUAGAUUUCUAUUAAUACCGAACUGUUCAAUCAAGUGUUACUGCCUGAAGGCGAUUAGAUAAUCUUUACUCUCUUAAAUAGUGGCGGUGAUACUCUGGUCCGCAUGCAGUCUUAACUGAGGCAUUGUACAAUGAAGACAUUUCUCGUUUUGUGUUGUUUGGCAUUUGCAGUUGCAGAGUUUGCAGAUUCUGAAACUAAAGGCAGUACUCCUUAUGUCGAUAUUCCGUUAAAGGCAGUUAAAUCCUCGGCGGAUCGUAUACGUGAACAUGGAUAUCCGGCAGAGUCUCAUUUUGUUGAGACACCGGACGGUUAUGUCUUAAACGCGUUCCGGAUUCCCUAUUCGCCUAAAUUGAAUAAUGCUGGCCAAAAGAAGCCAGUUGUAUUUAUUCAACACGGCCUAUUCGCUUGUUCAGAUUGCUUCAUUCUCAAUGGCCCCGACAAUUCAAUAGCGUAUAACUUUGCCGAUAACGGUUAUGAUGUUUGGCUUGGAAAUGCCCGUGGCAACAUAUACUCCCGCAACAACACGAAGAUUUCCUUAAAUCAUCCCGACUUUUGGUCGUUCAGUUGGCAUGAAAUCGGCACAAUUGACAUUCCCACACUGAUCGAUUAUAUACUUGAAGUGACGGGCGAGUCGAAGAUACAUUAUGUUGGCCAUUCUCAGGGCACAACAGUGUUUUUCGUUAUGACAAGUCUUAGGCCUGAAUACAAUGAAAAAAUUAAGACAGCCCACAUGUUGGCACCGGCUAUUUUCAUGGGAAACUGCACCAAUGGGCUAGUUACAAGCUUGGCACCUUACGUUGGGAAGCCCGGAAAAGGUAGUGCAAUAUUGGGAAACCAAGAGUUUGUAUUCCACAACAAGUAUGUACAACGUGCAUUAGAUACGGCCUGUGGUAGUAACCCAGCAUUCCCCAAGUACUGCAGAACUCUAUUCUUCCUGUGGGCUGGAAAUGAGAAUACCAACUUGAAUACGACACUUCUUCCCCAAAUUGCCGAGACCCACCCAGCUGGCAUAUCUUCUAACCAAGGCAUUCAUUAUAUACAAGAAUAUGUUAGCAAUGAGUUCCGCCAAUUCGAUCAUGGUCCAAAGAAAAACAAGAGAAUAUAUGGCCAGGCUGAGCCUCCAGCAUAUCCUCUCGAAAAUAUUACGGCUGAAAUGUACGUGUACUACAGUUUGGCAGAUGCCUCAGCGGAUCACAGAGAUGUGGAACGUCUGCCAUCAUAUCUAUCCAGCCUGAAAAACAUGUACUUGGUUGAAGAUAGUACUUGGGACCACAUUGAUUUCAUUUUUGCACUCAAGGUUAAAGGUACCAUCAACGAUAAAGUUAUAAAGUUCUGCAACGAUUACGAACUACUUCACCAAUAAAACCAGUUACUUUGAACUGAAUUAUAUCAGAAGAUUUUCCAUUAUUGGUCUGAUAUCCUUUUACUUCUGCUAUGGCUGCUAAUCAAAUGGCAAACAAAACUACUUUUCCCAAUGUAAACACUAUUAUUUGUAAAUAAAGUAGAAUCAGCAAGGAA